GGAAGCCGCUCGGGAGGGCGCGGGCGCUCCGAUGGACUCGGGCCGCGCACGUGACACGGGCGCGCACUGCGAUUGGCCAGCGGGGUAGAGUUAGGCGUGGCUAAUACGGAGCGCGGGCCUCUUCCCUUAGUUGGCGCCGGCGGCGAAACAACCAUGGCGGGAGGAGCGGGAGACCUCCUGAGCCGCGUCCCCGACGUGGAUAUCGACCCGGACGGCGUCUUCAAGUACGUCCUCAUCCGAGUCACGCCGGAGGGGGCGGGCCCCGGCAAGGACGUCGUGCGCGGGUACGCCUGGGCCGAGUACCACGCCGACAUUUACGACAAAGUAGAGGAAGAGCUGGAGAAGCAGGGGUUGCGCUGCCGGUGCCUGGGAGGCGGCCGGAUCUCCCACCAGAGCACGGCCAAGAAGCUCCACAUUUACGGCUACUCCGUGGGCUUCGGCCAAGCAAAGCACUCCAUCUCCACAGAGAAGCUGAAAACCCGGUAUCCGGAUUACGAGGUCACCUGGUCCGAUGAAGGAUACUGAGAUCCCCAUGGGCCUCGCUCCCAGAGAGACCUCGAGGGAUCCCGGCUUCUGCUGGCGGGUGCUUUACAGUCCUACCUGAACUGAGACUUCAGCGGGAAAGUGGGUUGCUUUGCAUGAGAGGGUGGUGUGGGUUUUUGUGGGUGUUUUUUUUUCAAUUGUGUGUCUCUAUGUGCUUUGCACUGGCCUCAGCUGAAUGUGUGAGGCUCAGGUCUCCAUACAACGAAAUAAAUGACUCUUGGCAUUA